UAUGGUGGAGAAGCCGCUCUGGCCAUACUUGGCCGCACUCUCUCGUCUCCUCUUUCCGGUUCCGGUAAUAGACGGCCUGUUGCUGUCUGUUUUCGCGCCUGUCGCUUGGUGAAUUGCAGCGACAGGAGCUCAGCCCGGUGACAACAUGUCGUACAACUACGUGGUGACGGCGCAGAAACCCACUGCGGUCAAUGCGUGUGUGACAGGACACUUCACAUCUGAGGAUGACUUGAAUCUGCUGAAAGCCAAGAAUACCCGCCUGGAGAUUUAUGUAGUGACGGCAGAGGGUCUCCGCCCUGUGAAGGAGGUUGGGAUGUAUGGCAAGAUCGCUGUUAUGGAGCUUUUUAGACCCAAGGGUGAGAGCAAAGACCUUCUUUUUGUACUGACUGCCAAAUACAAUGCCUGCAUCCUGGAAUAUAAGCAGACUGGGGACAGCAUUGAUAUUAUAACUCGUGCACAUGGCAAUGUUCAGGAUCGUAUCGGCAGACCUUCUGAAACAGGCAUCAUUGGGAUUAUUGAUCCAGACUGCCGCAUGAUCGGGUUGCGUCUGUAUGAUGGUCUAUUCAAAGUAAUUCCCCUGGAUAGAGACAAUAAAGAGUUAAAAGCUUUCAACAUACGAUUAGAAGAGCUGCAUGUCAUUGAUGUCAAGUUCCUGUACAGCUGUCAAGCGCCCACUAUUUGCUUUGUGUACCAAGAUCCACAGGGCCGUCAUGUCAAAACCUAUGAGGUGUCACUCAGGGAAAAGGAGUUUAGUAAAGGUCCAUGGAAGCAGGAAAAUGUGGAGGCCGAAGCAUCUAUGGUGAUUGCAGUUCCAGAGCCUUUUGGAGGAGCCAUUAUAAUAGGUCAGGAAUCUAUAACUUACCACAAUGGUGAAAAAUACUUGGCAAUAGCUCCUCCAAUUAUUAAGCAAAGUACUAUUGUAUGUCAUAAUCGUGUAGAUGUAAAUGGCUCCCGGUAUCUUCUUGGAGACAUGGAGGGUCGCUUAUUUAUGUUGCUGCUGGAGAAGGAAGAACAAAUGGAUGGAAGCGUCACUCUGAAGGACCUCCGGGUGGAGCUACUGGGGGAGACGUCCAUUGCUGAAUGUCUGACUUACCUGGAUAAUGGAGUAGUGUUUGUAGGCUCUCGUCUUGGAGAUUCCCAACUAGUAAAGCUUACUGCGGACAGCAACGAGCAGGGCUCAUAUGUUGUGGCAAUGGAAACGUUCACUAACUUGGGCCCUAUUGUGGACAUGUGUGUCGUAGACCUGGAGAGACAGGGUCAAGGACAGCUUGUUACCUGCUCUGGAGCUUUCAAGGAAGGUUCACUACGAAUUAUCAGAAAUGGCAUUGGAAUCCAUGAACAUGCCAGCAUUGACCUACCAGGCAUCAAGGGUUUGUGGCCGCUACGGGUUGCUGCCAAUCGCGAGACAGAUGACACUUUAGUUUUGUCUUUUGUGGGACAGACCAGAGUUUUGACGUUGUCUGGGGAAGAAGUAGAGGAAACUGACCUUGCAGGAUUUGUUGAUGACCAGCAAACCUUUUUCUGUGGGAAUGUAGCACAUAAGCAGCUCAUUCAGAUAACAUCCGCCUCAGUACGACUGGUUUCACAGGACCCACAAAGUCUGGUUAGUGAAUGGAAAGAGCCACAAGGACGUAAAGUCAGUGUGUGCUCCUGCAACAGCCGCCAAGUACUGCUUGCAGUGGGCAGAGUCCUCUACUACCUGGAAAUCCUCCCUGGGGAGCUCAAACAGCUCAGUUGCACUGAAAUGGAACAUGAAGUUGCCUGUCUGGAUGUCACUCCAUUGGGUGGCAGUGAUGCCAUGUCCACACUUUGCGCUAUUGGCCUGUGGACAGAUAUUUCUGCACGAAUCCUAAGCUUACCAGGAUUUCGGUUAUUACACAAAGAGAUGCUAGGAGGAGAGAUUAUCCCAAGGUCCAUCCUCAUGACUUCAUUUGAAAAUAGCCACUACCUGCUGUGUGCCCUGGGGGAUGGAGCUCUCUUCUAUUUUAGCCUCAAUACAGAAACAGGUCUCUUGAGUGACAGAAAGAAGGUGACCCUAGGGACACAGCCCACUGUUUUGAGGACUUUCCGAUCUCUGUCUACCACUAAUGUAUUUGCUUGUUCUGACCGGCCUACAGUCAUCUACAGCAGCAACCAUAAGCUAGUCUUCUCCAACGUGAACUUGAAAGAGGUCAACUACAUGUGCCCCCUGAACUCUGAAGGUUAUCCUGAUAGUUUGGCCCUAGCUAAUAACAGCACCCUGACAAUUGGAACUAUUGAUGAAAUACAAAAGCUUCACAUCAGAACUGUACCGCUAUAUGAGUCUCCUAGGAAGAUUUGCUAUCAGGAAGUGUCUCAAUGUUUUGGGGUGCUCUCCAGCCGAACUGAGGUGCAAGAUGCUAGUGGGGGCAGCUCUCCUCUCCGACCUAGUGCCAGUACCCAGGCCCUUUCCUCCAGUGUGAGCAGUAGUAAGCUGUUUUCGGGGAGCACAUCACCCCACGAAACCUCAUUUGGAGAAGAAAUAGAGGUCCAUAACCUUCUCAUCAUAGAUCAACACACAUUUGAAGUGCUGCACACGCAUCAGUUCCUGCAGAAUGAGUACACACUCAGCUUAGUGUCCUGUAAGCUGGGAAAGGAUCCAAGCACUUAUUUCAUUGUGGGCACUGCCAUGGUGUACCCAGAUGAGGCAGAACCAAAGCAAGGAAGGAUUGUGGUUUUCCAAUAUUCUGAUGGAAAGCUGCAGACUGUCGCAGAGAAGGAAGUUAAGGGAGCUGUGUACUCUAUGGUUGAAUUUAAUGGAAAGCUAUUGGCCAGCAUCAACAGCACAGUCCGUCUGUAUGAAUGGACAGCAGAAAAGGAGCUGCGCACAGAAUGCAACCAUUACAACAAUAUCAUGGCCUUAUACUUAAAAACCAAGGGGGAUUUUAUCCUGGUGGGAGACUUGAUGCGUUCAGUGCUGCUUCUGGCUUACAAACCAAUGGAAGGAAACUUUGAGGAGAUUGCCCGGGAUUUUAACCCCAACUGGAUGAGUGCAGUGGAGAUACUAGAUGAUGAUAACUUCUUGGGAGCAGAGAAUGCAUUUAACUUAUUUGUAUGCCAAAAAGACAGUGCUGCCACUACAGAUGAGGAAAGACAACACUUACAGGAAGUUGGACUCUUUCACUUAGGAGAGUUUGUUAAUGUUUUCUGUCAUGGCUCUCUGGUCAUGCAGAAUCUUGGGGAGACCUCUCCUCCUACACAAGGCUCAGUGCUCUUUGGCACAGUUAAUGGGAUGAUUGGACUGGUGACAUCAGUGUCGGAGAGCUGGUACAAUCUUCUACUAGAUGUUCAGAACAGACUCAACAAAGUGAUCAAAAGCGUGGGAAAGAUUGAACACUCUUUCUGGAGGUCAUUUCAUACAGAAAGAAAGACUGAAGCUGCAACUGGGUUCAUAGAUGGAGAUCUUAUUGAAAGCUUCUUGGACAUCAGUCGGUCAAAGAUGCAGGAGGUAGUCGCAAAUCUACAGAUUGACGACGGCAGUGGCAUGAAGAGAGAGACCACAGUGGAUGACCUGAUCAAGAUUGUGGAAGAGCUAACCAGGAUUCACUGAUCUGUGUCCUUUUUGAUCUUGUUUACCCCUUAGGCUUCCCCAGUAUUCUCUGAGCAUUGUGGGAGCAGCCUCCCAUGGGCCCGAAGGACAGCAACAUAUGCUUGUAUGCAUCGAAUCAGUGUCUGCGGCGGGAAUACCUCGCUUUGCUGCCCAAGUGGCACUUAUGUCUUUGCUUCCAGAGGUGGUCAGUGCAAUGAAGGCCUCCCUCCAUCAGUAGGAUAAAAUAAGUGGUUGUUCGGGUUGCUCCCUGCCCAGCUCCUUUGCUCCAUACAUAUUGCUGUUCUCCUAUAUUGUAUGUAUUUUUUCCAUAUAUAUUACAUUGUGAAAAGUAGGGUCCCCCCCUAUGGACUUUCUGCAUAGCAAGAGCAAGGUUGAGCUGUGACAUAACCUGUGCAGGAAAUGGGGCAUAUGAUGUCAUCUGCAGCAACUGUGGGGUGUUUCAUGUGCUAGUUUUUGCCUAAUGGUGCAGUGUCCCUCCCUUCCAGUCUUCUCUUUAAAAAAAAAGGGUAAAUGGGGAGGUUAUUUUCCAAGAUUUUAGGAAAUAAAUCAGACUGGAAUUGAAGUUCUGCUCUCUGCGUUUUUACUGAGAUGGACUCAAAAUAUGUAAAUUUGUUUUUCCUGUUGAAUAAUUUGCAUGUUGGUCACUGCUUGUCCUUUGCUUUAGCAAGCUAUAAUUCCUUGAAGGGGUACUCUGGUGGAAAAUCAUUUUAUUUAUUUUUUUUUGUUUUUUUUUUUAUCAACUGGUGCCGAAAAGUUAUACAGAUUUGUAAAUUACUUCUAUUUAAAAAUCUUAAUCCUUCCAGUACUUAUCAGCUGCUGUAUGCUCCACAGGAAGUUCUUUUUGAAUUUCUUUUCUCUCUGAGCACAAUGCUCUCUGCUGACACCUCUGUCCAUGCCAGGAACUGUCCAGAGCAGUAGCAAAUCCCCAUAGUAAACCUAUCCUGCUCUGGACAGUUCCUAACACUGACAGAGGUUUCAGCGCAGAGCACUGUGGUCAGACAGAAAAGAAAUUCAUAAAGAAAAGAACUUCCACUGGAGCAUACAGCAGUUGAUAAGUACUGGAAGGAUUAAGAUUUUUAAAUAGAAGUAAUUUACACACAAAAAAAAAAGUUUUCCAUUGGAGUACCCCUUUAAGGAGAGUCCGCGGGUUGUUUCUGUGGGGCGAUUCAUGAGCAAACGGACUGAAUAUGUAUCUUUCUGCAAUGCCAGUCAUCAUAGCUUGUAUCAUGAACUGGUAAGAGGUGCACAAAAUGUACUAAUAUUGUACAGUACAUUCCCAGCAUGGAAGAAGAUCUGUAUGCAUUGUUAUGCAAGGCGUAAUGAAGUGUAUGACAUGACACUAUAUUUAGUUGUGUGUUUUUUAUUUUAUUUUAUUUUAUUUUUUAACUUUUGGCUUUAGUUGCUGUUUUAAAAUGAUAAUUUUGGACAUUGGCCUAUGAAUAAAACUGCCAAGGUUUGAAUAGACCUAUCCCCUUUAAAGCACCAGUUUAUUAUCCGUCUGACAGCAGUGGUCAGGCUCUGUUCACAUGAUAUCUUAUUCUGUAAAGCAGUGUUUCCCAACCAGGGUGCCUCCAGCUGUUGCAAAACUACAACUCCCAGCAUGCCCGGACAGCCGUUGGCUGUCCGGGCAUGCUGCGAGUUGUAGUUUUGCAACAGCUGGAGGCACCCUGGUUGGGAAAUACUGCCGUAAAGUAUGCUACUGUAUAGUCACAAACAUGGCUACACAGUUAGAAUCUAACUUUUUUAUAGGAAUAAAAUUGUGAUGGUUAGAUGACUAGGUCAGCAUCUCCAAAAAGACAGGGCAUGUGGGGUUUGCCAUUACAAAAGCGAUGUCUCUGCUGAUGAAAGCUUCUUGUUUUCUGUAGCUUGUCGUAUAGCUGCAAACUGGUCAUAGUGCAAGUCACCUGUCCACCACUUAACAAUGGGCAUUGAACUGUGAAAUAAUAAAAGGUGGUGGUGUUAUCUGAAGAA